AAUUUGGGAACCCCACUCAUCACUUCCCCUCCACCACUCCACUGUCGCUCCAAACUGAAUCAACAAAGGCACAUCCGAGCAGAGGAAGCAGGCGCUGCAGCUCGAGCAGAGCAAUGGCUGCUAGUACCUGGGUCAUGCUGGAGCAGAAGGGAUCCGGGCCGGGAGCAAGAAGCUCCCACGCUAUCACCCUGGUCGGCGGCACGGCCUACUCCUUCGGCGGCGAGUUCACCCCGCGCGUGCCCGUGGACAGCACCAUGUACGCCUUCGACCUCAAGGCGCAGUCCUGGUCCGCCCUCGACGCCGCCGGCGAGGUGCCCCCGCCGCGCGUCGGCGUCACCAUGGCCGCCGUCGGCGGCACGGUCUUCGUGUUCGGCGGCCGCGACAGGGACCACAAGGAGCUGAACGAGCUCUACUCCUUCGACACGGCCACCAACACCUGGACCCUGCUCUCGUCCGGCGACAUUGGCCCGCCGCACCGGAGCUACCACUCCAUGGUGGCCGACGGCGAGGGCAGCCGCGUGUACGUGUUCGGCGGGUGCGGCAACGCCGGCAGGCUGAACGACCUGUGGGCCUACGACGCCGCCGCCGGGCGAUGGGAGGAGCUGCCGUCGCCAGGGGCGGCGUGCCCUCCCCGCGGCGGGCCCGGGCUGGCGUUCGCGGGCGGGAAGGUGUGGGUGGUGCACGGGUUCUCCGGGGACGCGGAGCUCGACGACGUGCACUCCUACGACCCGGCCACCGGCGUGUGGGCCAAGGUCGAGACCACCGGCGACAGGCCCGCCCCGCGGAGCGUGCUCUGCGCGGCUGGCGUCGGGAAGCACGUGGUGGUGUUCGGCGGGGAGGUCGACCCCAGCGACCUCGGCCACCUCGGCGCCGGCAAGUUCUCCGCCGAGGCAUUCAUGUUGGACACCGAGACCGGCGCGUGGGCCAAGCUGGAUGACGCCUCCGAUCACCACCCUGGUCCUCGCGGGUGGUGCGCGUUCUCGGCGGGGGCGCUGGACGGCCGGAAAGGGAUGCUUGUCUACGGCGGCAACUCGCCGACCAACGACCGGCUGGACGACAUGUUCCUCUUCACUCCACUUCUAGCUUGAGACCUUGUCAAGCUAGGCCGUGCCCGCAGCUCUGUGUGCGAUUGCGGCUUGAGACCUUAACCUGCUGCUCUCGCAUCUUGUGUUUAUGUUGUGUAUGUAAGUGAGGAAUAAAAAUGAUGAUGAAUUGGGUGCUUUAAAUUGUUG